UCCAGUCUGUGCAUAGAAAGCCGUGGAGAGUUGUGGAGGCCUAGACUGCAGCAACCUCUGGGCCAACUCCCUGCAUCCCCACCCUGGGAGGCUGCAUGCGUAUUGAAGAGCGGUGUUUGGGGGCUGGGCCAGCCUGGCUGAUCCCGACCUAGGAGUAGGAGAGGAGGACCUCUCAGGCUGCAGAGUGGCCCUUCUGGAAGGACAGAGCCGCAAGAUGGCCAGUAAGACCAAGGCCAGCGAGGCCCUUAAGGUGGUGGCCCGGUGCCGCCCCCUCAGUAGGAAGGAGGAGGCUGCUGGUCAUGAGCAGAUUCUGACCAUGGACGUGAAACUGGGCCAGGUGACUCUGCGAAACCCCCGCGCGGCACCCGGGGAACUGCCCAAGACCUUCACCUUUGAUGCUGUGUAUGAUGCUAGCUCCAAGCAGGCGGAUUUGUAUGAUGAAACGGUGAGGCCCCUGAUAGACUCAGUGCUUCAGGGUUUCAAUGGCACCGUGUUUGCCUAUGGCCAGACCGGCACCGGCAAGACCUACACUAUGCAGGGGACCUGGGUGGAGCCAGAGCUCCGCGGGGUUAUCCCCAACGCCUUUGAGCAUAUCUUCACCCACAUCUCCCGCUCCCAGAACCAGCAGUACCUGGUUCGUGCCUCCUACUUGGAGAUCUACCAGGAGGAGAUCCGAGAUCUGCUAUCCAAGGAGCCAGGCAAAAGACUAGAGUUGAAGGAGAACCCUGAAACUGGGGUCUAUAUCAAGGACCUCUCCUCGUUUGUCACCAAGAAUGUCAAGGAGAUUGAGCAUGUGAUGAAUCUGGGGAACCAGACACGGGCAGUGGGCAGCACCCAUAUGAAUGAGGUCAGCUCCCGGUCCCAUGCCAUAUUUGUCAUCACAGUAGAGUGCAGUGAGCGCGGCUCAGAUGGUCAGGACCAUAUCCGAGUAGGCAAGCUCAACCUAGUAGACCUGGCUGGCAGUGAGAGGCAGAACAAGGCAGGUCCCAACACAACUGGAGGGACAGCCACACAGCCCGCAGCUGGUGGUGGCAGCGGCGGUGGCAGUGGUAGUGCUGGUGGCAGCAGCGGAGAGAGGCCCAAGGAAGCCUCCAAAAUCAAUCUCUCACUGUCAGCUCUGGGUAAUGUGAUUGCUGCUCUGGCCGGCAACAGGAGCACCCACAUCCCCUACCGCGACUCCAAACUGACCCGGCUGCUCCAAGACUCACUGGGGGGCAAUGCCAAGACCAUCAUGGUGGCCACACUGGGUCCAGCUUCUCACAGUUACGAUGAGAGCCUCUCUACCCUACGCUUUGCAAACCGAGCCAAGAACAUCAAGAACAAACCCCGUGUGAAUGAAGACCCCAAGGACACACUGCUGAGGGAAUUCCAGGAAGAGAUCGCUCGCUUGAAGGCCCAGCUGGAGAAGAAAGGGAUGCUGGGUAAGCGACCUCGGAGAAAGAGCAGCCGAAGAAAGAAGGCUGUGUCAGCCCCAGGGGGUUACCCAGAGGGUCCAGUGAUUGAGGCCUGGGUGGCUGAAGAAGAAGAUGACAACAAUAACAAUCACCGUCCACCCCAGCCCAUUCUGGAGUCAGCGCUGGAGAAGAACAUGGAGAAUUAUCUGCAGGAACAGAAGGAGCGGCUGGAAGAGGAGAAGGCCGCCAUCCAGGAUGACCGCAGCCUAGUGAGUGAAGAGAAACAGAAGCUUCUAGAAGAGAAGGAGAAGAUGCUGGAGGAUCUGCGGAGGGAGCAGCAGGCCACAGAGUUGCUUGCAGCCAAAUACAAGGCCAUGGAAAGCAAGCUGCUCAUUGGGGGGAGGAACAUCAUGGAUCACACCAACGAGCAACAGAAGAUGCUAGAGCUGAAGCGGCAGGAGAUUGCUGAACAGAAACGCCGUGAGCGGGAAAUGCAGCAGGAGAUGCUGCUCCGAGAUGAGGAGACCAUGGAGCUGCGUGGUACCUACUCAUCCCUGCAGCAGGAAGUGGAGGUCAAAACCAAGAAACUCAAGAAGCUCUAUGCCAAGCUCCAGGCAGUAAAGGCUGAGAUCCAGGACCAGCAUGAGGAGUACAUCCGCGUGCGGCAGGACCUGGAGGAGGCACAGAACGAACAGACCCGGGAACUCAAGCUCAAGUACCUCAUCAUUGAGAACUUUAUCCCCCCUGAGGAGAAGAACAAGAUCAUGAACAGGCUCUUCCUGGACUGUGAGGAGGAGCAGUGGAAGUUCCAGCCUCUGGUGCCAGCUGGAGUGAAUAACAAUCAAAUGAAGAAGCGGCCAACUUCUGCAGUGGGCUACAAAAGACCUAUCAGCCAGUAUGCUCGGGUUGCCAUGGCAAUGGGGUCCCAUCCCAGAUACAGGGCUGAAAAUAUAAUGUUUUUGGAAUUGGAUGUUUCCCCACCGGCUAUCUUUGAGAUGGAAUUUUCUCAUGACCAAGAACAAGAUCCACGGGUACUACACAUGGAGAGGCUCAUGAGGUUGGACAGCUUUCUGGAGAGACCUUCCACGUCUAAAGUGCGAAAGUCAAGGUCCUGGUGCCAGAGUCCUCAGCGGCCUCCAACCUCUACCACUCAUGCCUCUGUGGCCUCUGCCCCUCUGAACUCUGCACCAAUGGUAGACCAUGAUUGACAGCCUUCAGUCAGGCUGCCCAUCAUACAGACUCCUAGCACGGGGCAGCCAACCCUGGUUCAUCGCAUCUGAUGCUUGGGGUGUGUGUGUGUGUGUGUGUGUGUGUGU